AUGGCAUCCGACGAAGAAAGUGCAUCAGAUACAGAGCACGACAAGGAACUGCUCUUUGAAGUUGAGUAUCUGAAUGUGUCGGAAAUGUCCCUGAAGGAUGACAAUACAUUAAAUUUUGAGAAAGGCCAGACCAGUAAACAAGCGGAGAAGAUCAUACGCUGUUGCGGGAAGCAUUCAAUCCGUAAGCAUCGUCCCCGAUCAGAAGUGGAUGUUCCGGAUGGCAAAGUGCCAUGCAAUGUUUGCUUCGCGCUUUUUCCGAAUAAAUUCACAGCUGCGAUGCACAAGAGAGGCAAAAAUAGUGUGCAACCACUGAUGAAAUGUAAGUUCUGUGGAUGUAAUUUUUUCACAAAGAAAGGCAUGAUAAAGCACAGAAGGCAGUUUCAUAAAGGGCAGCGUCAUAAAUGCUGCAGAUGUAGUUUUUCAAGCAAAGAUAAGAAUGAACUUAUCGAACACUCCAUAAGCCACAAAACAAAUUCCAACGAGGAAGAAAGAGCUAAAGCAUACCAAUGCAAACUUUGUGAUUCACGAUUUCAAUUGCUGCAGGAGAGACGACUUCACGAACGUUUACCGUACAGAAUACGCCGAAAAAAACGUACCAAAAAAGUGUCCGAAGAAGCUACCGUUCCUGCCAAUUGGUGUUGUGGUUGUGGCAGAGUGUUUAGCUCCAUAUCCGAAUUGAACGCCCACCAAAAUGAAGUCCAUUUACCAAAUCGCCUCGAACAUAACGAAGAGAAUCCCAUUGAAUGUGUCGGCUGCUACAAACGAUUCAAAACCGACAACAUCUUGAAGCAACAUCUUCGGAAAAACGCCACCAGGAAACGGUUCUUCUGCGACAAAUGCACCGCGGUACGUCUGUCUCCCGAAGAAAUGAUCCAACACCAACUGUCCCAUACCGGAAAGAAUGCCUUCCUUUGCUGUGGCUGCAAGAUGCAAUUUGAAUCGAACGAACAGCUGGAACAGCACGCACUGCAGGAGCACGCCAACAGACCGAAAAUUUAUUACAACGAUGAAGACGACACCGAACGGCCUUUCCCGUGUAAGGUUUGCUACCGACGGUACAAAUCGCUGAGAGAUCUACGAGGACAUCAGCGGUUUGUCUAUAGCGUUAGAAAUCAUACCUGCGAGAUUUGUGGGAAAAGUUUUCGCCACGUAAGCAGUCUUACACUGCACAUCGCUAGUCACAAGACAAAAGCGGAGUUUCCUUGUCCCAUCUGUGGCAACAAGUACAAACAUGAGCGCCAAGUGCGUUUUUGUAUGAUUCGUCACGAACGCCCCAGGGAGCACAAGUGCAAGAUAUGUAACGUUACCUUCACGGCUGCAGCAAAUCUCUAUUCCCAUAUGGUGUCGCAUUCGGAUAGCCGUCCUUACAAAUGUAACAUUUGCGGUGUAACGUACAAACGUAGUUUCCACCUUCGGAAGCACAUGGACGUCCAUUCAGACAAGAAGCAUUAUCCUUGUAAGUACUGCCCGGCGGAGUUCUUCUCGACGUCUGAACUGUACAAGCACGAGAUCAGCCACACUGGAGUGUAUCCUUACGAAUGCGAAAUUUGUUCUAAGAAGCUUUGCACACGUCUAGUUUACAUCAAGCAUUACGAGGCCCACAUAGAAGAUUCGGAAAAGGUGUUUGUUUGUCACCUGUGUCCGAAGAAGUUCAGUCUGGAUCAUUUUCUAUCGAAUCACAUCAAGUAUAAACAUCGAAUCGAACCGCAGGACAAGCAGUGGAAUAAAAAGUUCAACCGCAAAGGCCCGGCCAGGUUAAAAGGAGGUCGCAGACUUAGGUAUACUAGCCCGAAUGCACCGCUAGCCCGAAUACAACAAGCCCGAAUCGAAAUUAAUCUAUCAGUAUCUUAUCGUAUAGAAUACGGAAGAAUAGCGUAUGUUCCAAAGAAGGAAAAACCUCUGCCGGAUUUGUAA